AAAGGAGGAAGAGUGUUCUAGGUGGACCGGAAGUUGUCUCCCAGAGUCACAUUGAAAAACGAAAAUCCAUGCUAACGUUAGCUACGCUUGUAGCUAGCUAGUGUGAAGGCACGCACUGGAGCAGCAUACGGACUCAUUCAUUCCUGAUGACUCCAGUUGAAUAAUCUUAGACAUGUUUAUCUCAAGGGUGGCCCCUCGCCUCAGUCUGCUUUGCAGAGCAACUGGUGCACUUCAGACUCCAGGACAGUCAUUGAGUGGAUCUCUACUGCCCAUCUUCCCUGCUUGCUGCUCUUCUCUAAAUGUAAAACCCAGACACUAUGCGACAGCAGCAGACAACACACAGCCUCCCCAACGCUGGGUUGCACUGGAGCCAGAGCUGGAAGAGUUUCUUGUCCCUCGUAAUCUAUCAGUGUCCCCACUGGAGAGCUGGCUCUCCCUGCGCUACUCCCUCCCUCCCCUGCUAGAGGCUCCUCAGCCCCUGGAGGAAGGAGACAUGAUGGUGGACACCAAGGUGUUGCCCCCAUUUGCAGUCCCUCUCCUGGAGGAGGGUGAUGGCUCAGUCACGCCCCUCAGCUGUAAGAACGUGCUGGAGAUCAGGCGGCGGAAGAUGAACAGGCACAAGUACAAGAAGCUGCUGAAACGCACCAAGUUCCUGAGGAGGAGAGUGUUGGAGGGCAGGAGGAAAAAGAAGCAGAAACGCUUUGAGAAGGAUCUGCAGAGGAUCUGGAUGCGAGCUGGACUGAGGAAAGCCCCAGAGGGAUGGAACACACCCAAGAUCUUCAUUAAACAGUACAAGUCCAAGAGGGAGUGAAGAAGAGUACAUGCAAGGCUGAAAGCCUUCUGGCACACCGCUGACUGACCCACAUACUGGGUCAUAACAGGACACAUAUGCUUUUCCUCAAACACAGCAGAGCAGCCUGCUCUCCUUUGCUACUUGAAACAGAAGUCAGUGAUGUGGAUAUUUUCCAGAUGUUCUCUCCUGUUGAGUGUGAUGUUCGUUGUAAGUAAGUGAAAAGAAACAAUAAAGAUUUGUUUCCCAUCCUAA